AUGCUCUCAGUCGCCAAACUUUUCGCGAACUCGUACAGUACCUCGACGACACAAAACUUCGCGGGCGGGCGCCACACAAACGGGCAUCAGCCCCGCUCGCACCAUAACGGAGUUUCUGUUCAUUCUCACCAAUUCCCCUUUUUCAGAGAGAGUUUCAGACAGCACACCGCUAAUGAGUGGAGGCUCGUGGACGAUUCCCUGGUCCUCGUCAGAACGCCGCGCACCUGCGCGACCGCCAGGGUUCUGAGAAGUCCAUAUAUCCUCAGGAAUAUACAACGCAGCCAACCUGGACCGUCUUCCCGCUGCACAGAUCGCAUCCCGUUUUUUCGCAGAGGGGCAGGAAGCGGGCUAUGGCCUUCGAUGCGUCGUCGAGAGCAAGUCACAUUCGAGGGCUCGUCUCGUCCGCACGCGUUGUCUUGUUUGUCUCUUGGCCUCGUGCCCGUCGCCGCCGUUCUUGCGCUCGUAACGUCCCUUUGCCGCUCGGCCCCAGGAGCCCAGGGACGCAUCAGGCCUGUCGCACGUUGCGCAGGGCGGCUGCGCGAGGGUGCGCUCUUGACGGAGGCUACGCACUGUGUUUGGAGCAGCCCCGGCGGUCUCUCCUUCCUCUCGCCGCGCUCCUGCGUCGCGCUUUUCUCUCCGUCUUGCUUCCUCGCGUCCACCGCGUCGGCGCCGGUGCGUCUUUCCUUGGCGCGGCUCCACAGCGUCGCAGCGGAUUUUGCUCUCGCCGGAACGGAGACCACGGCGCGCGCGGGAGAGCGUCGAACGCAGCUCUGCAUGACGCGGAGCCGCAGUAAGCCUAUCUACCGCGCGCCCCAUCCCGGGCUAAAGCAGCUGAUCCUCCGAGAGAAGUUCUGGACUCGGUUUGACCCGAAUCGCAACAAACUUGUGCAUACACCCGAGUACCAGGAGUUGCUCGUCGCGGAGCGCCGCCGUGCGCUCCAGAGAAAGGUGGAUACGCUGGCAAAUGGAGACCACGAAGGGGGGGAUCCUGAGGGGCUGGAGAAGGGUGGCGCGGCGCGAGAUCGGCAGGCUUCACGUCUCAGUGCCUACUUGACGGACCCGAAAGAGGAGCACGUCGAACUCAGCGCGGAGCAGAAGCGAGCGAUGCAUCGGCGAGAAGUUGGCUAUCUUCAGCAACAGCCGAAAUUUCGCCAGAAGAAGUGGGGCAGUGGACGAUUCAGGAAGGAAGAAGGCUACCUGUUUCGUCUGCUCGAGUCGCACAGGAAGAAACUGCGAGAGCAUGAGAUGAGAAAGAGACAGAGACAGCUGGCCGCUGCGCGCCUCACGGAGCUUUCCCAAGCUCUGUCGGGCGACGACGACUGCGCGGAAGGCCAGGAGACCGACACUGAGGAGACACUGACGGUCGAGGAGGAGCGACAACGGAGAAAAAUCGUGGAAGCGAACAAGGAUCUGAGCUACUCGUUCGUGAUUACGCAAGUUGUUCCGUGCCUGGCGCGGGUGGAGAAGCGGCGACUGAGGGGCGCCGUCGAGGCCUGGCACCACAGAAUGGAACGGUCUCCGAAUCGGGGCGAAGCAGAGAUGGGCGAGAGCGACCCGGCCUCGCUGCUGCAUCAGGUGCAACGGCUACACCAGAAAAAGAAUCUUUACAAAGGCCCUCAGCAGGUGCUUUCGGUGUAUGAACAGCAACAGAUGCUGCUCGGGAAUGUCGGGUUCGUCGAUCCUCUGGCGGAGCGGAAACGCCGAAGCGGCGCAGGAAGACACGAGGAAGACGAACGGUUUCUCGGUCGCCUCAGACUCGCCGCUGCUCGCACGCGAUCGAUCUACCUUCAGUUUCUUGUCGAUCUUCACUUCAUCUUUACGAGCUUCGAAGAGUUCCUGACCGACGGCCUCGAGGCGCUGCUGAACGCUCCACGCAGUGCACAGGAUGGCAGCGACGCUCCCGAAGAAACGCGCGAGACGAGAGAGGCAGGGAGAGACGAAGAAGGGGGAGACGUGGCGAGCCACGGCUCGCCUUCAGACGCAGGCGAGAGAGGAGAGCGGUGGCGAAACCGCCAGCAGCUCGAGGAGUUCGUCAGCACGCUGAGCUUUCAAAGAGGCGUCCGGUCAGCAGAUGACGUCUUUGCAAUGUGCCAUCUUCUCAAGCGGAACCCGCCGGCUCCAAGUGCAGAAGCUCAGGUGUUCAUCCUGAGACUCGCCGAUCUGAUGCAGAAAGACUUCAUUCGGGCUCUGUCUCGUAUUUAUCAUUUUCAUAAGGAAUGGAGUGUGGCAGGACGGUUCUUCCUGGCAGCUGUGACUACGCGCCAGCAGCUGCUUCCGAAGAAACUGAAAUUGACCAUGUGGGACGCGGACACAGAUUCUCUUGAGCUGGCGAUCGAUGUCGUUUCGCUUUCUUGGACGCCUGCCGAGAAGGACGCGUUCCUUGACGAACUCCAGUUCGCUGAUGCCGAUGCAGAGGCUGCCCUGGCGCAACCUCUUUUAGAUGGAAUACGAGCUGGGCUGCAUGCGGUAAUGGAGGAUGAAAACCUGAAAAGGAGAAAACGUCGACCUCAGAAACGCGAAAAAGGCAUAGACGCAGACGGGAGCAACGCAGAAGAGUCGCCAGAGGGCGAAGUGCGAGGAGAGAUCACACUCGGUGAAAACCACGGAAGCUCGAAAGAAGAAAGUCGAAACGAGGAAGGAGCGUGGAGCGAGGGUGCGGGUGACUCAGCCUAA